AUGAUUGCAGUCAAAGACGGCAAGUGCGUAGACUGGCGCGAAGUAGCCAAGGAGCUAGACGGUCGAACCAACAGAGAGUGCCGCAAGAGGUACUGCUAUUCUCUUAGCAAGGGAAUCAAGAAGGGGACGUGGUCCCGCUCGGAGGAUGAGGCGUUGCUCAGAGGACACGAGCUCUGGGGCCCGUGGUGGUCGAAAGUAGCGCAAGAGCAUGUCAUCAAUCGCACUGGAGACCAAUGUGCCAAGCGAUUCAAAGACGUGCUCGACCCCUCAAUCAACAAGCGCGAGUGGUCGCAACACGAAGACGAGCUUCUGCUCCGUCUAGCCGUCGAGCAGAAUCGCUCCUGGCGCAAAAUCAGCAGAGCCUUUGACAAUCGACCAACCAUCCAAUGUCGGAAUCGGUAC